AUGGGUAAGAAAAGUAUUUCGCGCGGUCAAGAAAAUGGGCAAUUCUUCAUUUUAUCGCUUUCUCGACACUUUUGUUUCGAUCAUUGUCGAAAAUUGACAACGACGAAAGAAAAUCAGCGUGACGAUUCAAAAGCAGUUACCAAUAAGAAAUCAGCUAUGAGUAAUGUAACUGCUUAUGAGAUUCCAACAUGGAUUCAGGAUAAUCAAGAAGAUUUUGUGCCACCAGUUUGUAAUAAAUGCAUGUGAGUUUUGGGAUCGCGGUUUGUAUGUACUAAGAAUAUAGAAUCCGGUUAAAUCAGAAUCAGGUUUUUGGUUUUAUAAUUUUCAAAAAUACACUUGAUUUUUUGUUCCGAUAAUGUUAGUUCAAUUUCAAAAAGAAGAUAUUCAAACUUCAAGAAUUCAAAGAAUUGAAAACCAUUUUUUCAGGUUCUCUGACCAGCUGAAAGUGUUUUUUGUUGGUGGACCAAAUCAACGCAAAGAUUUUCAUCUCGAAGAAGGAGAGGAAUUCUUUUUUUCAACGAAAAGGAGAUAUGAUUCUGAAAGUGAUCGAAAAAGGACAAGUUCGUGA